AUGUCUUUGCCUCAAGAGCGGAAGCUGCUGAAGCUACAGCUCCUUGCACCGUCGCAAAUUCCAGCACAUCCCGCGCUGGAAUCCGUGCAGAGCAAUGCCUCCGCAGACCUUACCUCCUUCGUUUCCCAGUUGCUCUCUGAAGGUAAACAUUUCGCCGACGAGGUGAUCCCAAAGACUUUCAAGCACGUCAAAAUCCAGCGCUUGCCGCGUAGCAGAGGUGGCGAUGUCGAGGUCCUGGCGGGAGGGAAAGAGGUGGACGACCCAGCCGGGAAUGGUGGAAGAGGAGAGUACUGGUUUGCACGCAGGAGCACCCACACCUUGCUACCGGAUGGAAUCCAGGAGCAGGGCAAGGCGAGCUGGGGCGAGUUCGUUGAUGCACUCUUUGUGGAUCAUAGCGUGAAGGAAGGGGAGUAUACUCCCGACGUUUACGAUUCGCAUAGAGUUUGCGACUGGGACACUGAGCUUCAAGGCAAAACUAUCGACGGCUGGGAGAACAUUAGUCUGCAAAUCUAUGAAAUGGCGCAUGCGAUCAAUUUCCCACUUCAACCUCGAGUCUUUUCCACCCUCGUCCUCACGGCGCGCGACUCGGAAAAUUCGUACAUGGAUGUGCAAAUUCCCGUUGACAUAUCCUCCGUCCCUUCGGCCAAGUAUUCGAACGGUAAGAAUCGCACCGAGGGCACCACGGCGCAGCAGAGAAAGAAAGCCGUGAUCGGGCGGUACGUCAGCGUCGAGCGUUGCCGGAAAGUUCCUGGGGAAAGCGAGAUUGUUCAAUGGGAUAUGGCCACUGCUAGCGACGCCGCGGGGAUUUUGCCCAUGGCUGUUCAAAAGAUGGCGUUGCCCGGCGUGAUCGCCAAAGACGUGGAAUUCGUCAUGAAUUGGGCGGCCAAAAAGAGAGCUAGUGGUGAACCACGGGUAGCGAGCGGCGGUUCCGCAUCAUAA